GCAUUUAUUUUUAGAUUUUUGUAUGGUGCCUUGAAACCGUUGUCAAUCCGUUUCUGUUUGAUAAAUUUAUCGACCUUUGUAGCAGCAUAUAAUAUUCUUCUCUUGCAGAAUGCCAAUCAUACGCUUGGAAUCGUCCGAUAAGGAAAUUUUUGAUACAGACAUCGAAAUUGCUAAAUGUUCGGAAACUAUUAAAACGGCACUCGAAGAUUUGGGCGAUGAAAGCGAUAAUAGUGUGUUGCCUCUGCCGAAUGUGAACUCGGCAAUUCUGCGCAAGGUACUCCAUUGGGCAACCUACCACGCCCAGGACGAUCCGCAGCAGGCACAGGAGGAUGAAAAUAAAGAGAAACGCACUGACGAUAUUUCAUCUUGGGACGCGGACUUCCUAAAAGUCGACCAAGGCACCUUGUUCGAGCUCAUUCUGGCAGCCAAUUAUUUAAACAUUCAAGGUUUACUGGAUGUUACUUGCAAGACUUGCGCCAACAUGAUCAAAGGCAAAUCGCUUCAGGACAUUCGUGAGACGUUUGCCAUUGCCAACGACUUUACUCCUGCUGAGGAGGAGCAGGUACGCAAGGAAAACGAAUGGUGCGAAGAGAAAUAAAAGGAAGAAUUAAAUUGAUUAUAUGAUUGUGAAAGGAAAUUAAAUAAAUG